UCCCGCGCAACCUGCGCCUCCGUUCGCACAGAUAGUACCUCGCUCGCCGCGCGCAGAGCGAACCAUCGCGCUAUAUUCCAACACUUAACGCGUUUCUUAGUCAACACUGGAUACGAUAGUGUAAACAUGAAGUGACAGACAAACUUAAGUGAUGCUCUCAUAGACUCUAAAUCACAAGAUGACAGUAAUGCUUCGAGCAAUAUUGGCGGAUAUGGUUUAUGAGAAAUAUUCAUAUAGAUUCGAUUGCAACUAAUAAGUAAAGCAAAAUGGAGGGUGUGAGGGUUACCCACCAAGGCGUUAAGGCUCACACGCCUGAAGGCUCGGCUGGCCGUAUUACUCAGGCGGGCCUUGCAGCCCGAAGUCCUGAGGGCACUGCUGCGAAAGCCAUGGCUAUCAAAGGCCAUGAAGACCUGUGGGUGGAAAUCCAGGCGAAUACCUUUAGAAACUGGAUUAAUGAAACUCUCAAACCGAUGAACAUAAAGGUAAUCGACUUGGUAGAGGAUUUACGAGAUGGAACAAUACUUUGUUCGCUAGUGGAAGCCCUACAAGGGCGUAAACUAAAAGGUUGGAGCCGAAAACCUAGUAAUCAACAUCAUAAGUUGGAAAACGUUACCACCGCCUUGCAAGCCAUUGAAGACGACGGAGUUAAAUUAGUUAAUAUAGGUAAUGUGGACAUAGUUAAUGGAAAUCUCAAAUUAAUAUUAGGAUUGAUUUGGUCACUUAUCGUCCGAUAUCAAAUUGGAAGAAGUAAAUUCCCACCAAGAAAGUUGAUGCUAUCUUGGCUGCAAUCGACCCUGCCAGAGUGUCGAGUCAGCAAUCUUACGACCGACUGGAAUAGUGGUGUGCUCCUAUCGGCGCUUCUCGACUAUUGCAAACCUGGCGCAUUCCCACACUGGAGGGAACUAAAUCGUCACGAGGCUGUAGAGAAUUGUAGAAGAGCAAUGAAGUUGGCCCAUCGUGAAUUGCAAGUGCCCAUGGUUUUGGAGCCGGAGUAUCUGGCGUCACCAUGGCUGGAUGAACUGUCUGGCAUGACGUAUCUGUCUUACUUCAUGAAGCCGGACUCUGCGGGAGUGAAAGCUACGUUGGACUGGGUCAAUUCACGUCUAGAGAGACCUAUUUCAAAUUUCACGACUGACUGGAACGACGGUCGAGUAGCAAAUGAACUUGUAAGAUCGAUGGGGGGACCAGCCCCUCCACCAAGCCGACUAAGGCGGGAUCCAGCACGCUGGGAAGAAAACAACCAACAAGCAAUUGACGCGGCCAAAAAACUAGGAGUUCAGCCAGUAUUGUCAGCGAAAGACAUGAGUUCUAGUGACGUAGAACACUUAGGUGUAAUGGCAUGGGCUACCCAGUUCCGAAACAUCCCACCGCGUCCGCCCGUACAUGACAUGUUGCGAGUCGCACUCGAUUCCACUUCGGGGCGGGUAGGAGAGCCUACAUAUAUUAAAGUGGAAAGCAUAUCGAGGGAUCUUUCAAUAUCUGAUGUAAAAGUAUACAUAGUGAAUCCAUUAGAGCAGGAAUCGAGGCUCAAGCUGGAUUCAAGAGGUUCCGGGGAAUUCGUACCGGAACACGCUGGUAUGCACGAAAUUGUUCUCGUAGUCGACGAUAUCAGGGUCGAUGGCAGAUACUUUUUCCGAGUAUUGCCAAGAUUGGUGUCGGUCCCUCCACCUGGCAUGGCGCCUUGUGCAGCUGGUAGUCUUGUGGAAGUGUUAGUUAGUGCAACAGGUGCACCUCGCCGUGAAGAUAUAGAUGUAACAGCACACUCACCGAGUGGAAGAGCUGUGCCGUUAGAGGCACGGCACCCCCCACCAUCAGCGCCGGGCACCACCGCAUCCAGCGCUACUUUCCAACCGGAUGAAGCGGGUACUUGGACUAUCGCGAUUACAUACAAGGGAGAACAUAUACAGGGAGGUCCCUUCACGUGCGAAGUUUUCGAACCAGCGGGCGUGCGCCUCAGCCCGGGCGCACUGGAAGGGGCUGAGCCCCUCAAACCGCACUCUUUCGAGUUGGACACUAGCGGGUGCGGCGUCAAGGGUGACUUGCAGCUAGACAUCGUUCAUGAUAAACGAAGCGUAAUGUGUGCUCUAGAGAAGUUGUCGCCAACUAAAUAUCGAGCGACAUUCAUGCCAAAGGCACCGGGAAAGCAUCGGUUGUAUAUAUAUUUCAACGGUUAUGAUGUUCACGGAUCGCCGCAUGUGUUUAGAGUAGGGUCACGCUCUAAAAAACCAAGAGACAGCGCGAGUCCAUCGCCAGCGUAUGCCAGAAUAUCAAGUCCAGUUACCCGCUUAAGAUCUGAAAGCCCUCACAAUCCGUACAAUUUAUAUGAAACUAAUGCUACGAAAUAUAACACGAGCUCAAUAGAUCGACGGGAAGAGCGGCGAGAUUCGAGCGAUUAUUAUAAACUUGGAUCAGAUAUCAAAGAAAAGUCUUUCGAUGUUACCGAUUCGUACACUACAAGGAUUAACAAAAAAGAAACGUAUAAAUACGAGCCUGAAAGUCCACGAAAUAGAACAGCCAGUCCUAUAACAUCCAAAUAUUUGGGAAAUGGCUCGAGAUUGGACAUUAACAGGUCAAAUAGCCCGUACAGAGCAAGCAGCCCAUACAGAGCGACAAGUCCAGUCGGUCGAACAAGCCCGCUAACUAGGAAAGACAGUCCUUUGAAUAGGACGGCUAGUCCAAUUAACCGCGUUAAUAGUCCGACGGAACGUUACAGUCCCGUUACAACUACGAAACGGGUAGUAGAGAAACGUUCCAAUUACAAAAUGUACAGUUCAUAUAGUGGAUCUCAAGAUAAUCUUGAUCAGAGCAGUCCAUUAUCGUCAUUGGAAAAUGAACGUGCUAGAAGAUAUGGGAGUCCAGGGAUAGGCGAAGGUGGAGAUCCGGGAGGGAAAGCGUAUAAUACAAGAAAAGAUUCCUGGGAUUCAGUGGAGAAAACAAGGCAGAUGCUUAGUAAUAAUAGCUUGGAGUCAAGCAAUACAGAGCGGUAUGGACAGAACACACUCGAGCGGGAGACACAGCGCAACACGCAGUUGAACAAGUUUAGCGAUUUGUCGCGCGACUCGUUUAACCGCCAACUCGACCGGUUGGCCGACGAGCGCGAAUCGGACACUUACACUAGUCGUCAAGAGAUCAAACGUGAAGUACGCGAGAGCUCGUACGUCGUCCGCGACUCCUCUUAUAGCAGUGUGGAGGAAACGCGCCAACAGCAUCAGUCUUUUUUAUCCAAUAGGCCCCCCCGCGACCCGACCGGGGGGGCCCCUACUGAGACGGACGCUGCUCAUGCCCGUUUCAGACCCAUUCAAAGGGAUAACAAUAGAGGUGCCAAAGGAAUAGUAAUAAAACCAACUUACAAAGGAGUUGUAGGACAACCUGUUGAGUUUAUAGUGGAUGCCAGUACGGCAGGCCCAGGACAACUCGAACUGGAGGUGUCCGGCGGUAACGGUGCGCUGGUGGCGAGCUCGGUGAGAUCGUUGGGCGCACACAGAUACAUUGCCGCCUUCACCCCGAGGGUGUUGCGCCCGCAUUCUGUGCGGGUCACUUUUAACAAUGAACACGUCCCAGGAUCUCCGUGGCAAGUCGAGGUUAUGGCAGGGCCGGCGGGCGGCGGCGGAGGGGAACCGACCAGGCUGAUCCCCGCACGGGUGCCUGCCGUCUUUGAGAUUUCCACAUCACCCGGCGCAUCCAGUUUUAGCAAAAACGAGGUUGGUGUGACCGUCACAGCCCCGUCACGAAGACAUGUAACGGCCAGAGUGUUGGAUGUGGCAGAGAGACCCGGCGUCUACCGUAUCGAAUUCACGCCUGAAGAAGUUGGCACACAUCUCAUCGAUGUGUCGAUUGGAGAAGAAAAAUUAGCCGCUGGACCACUCGUCGCAAAAGUGUAUGACGCAAGUCUCAUCAAAGUGACUGACGUGGGUAAUGCUAUAGUUGGACAACAAAGCCAAUUUAGAGUGGAUGCGAGUGCUGCUGGUGAAGGACAGUUAGAAAUUUCAAUCAACGAAGGAGAAGUUCCUAAUCAUGUACAGGUUGUGGGCGGUGGUCGUUGCCUCGUUUUUUGGAGGCCUGAAACCCCAACGCCACACCGUGUUGACAUAAAGUUUAAUGGAGAACCAGUGCCUUCGUCGCCUUUUGUUUUUCAUGUAGCACCUGCGCAAAGAGUCUCUAUUGAUACGUCACAAAUAGAGCUGAUACCGGUUGGCGAGUUAGUAUCAUGCUCAGUUCGCGUGGAAGGAUCUGGCGGUGGUGAACUAACAGUUACCGUGCGAGGACCAAGAGGCGAGGUUCCAGUUCGUCUGACUGGAGAUGUAGUAUCCGGCUUAGUGGCUAGCUUCACAGCUAAGAAUGUUGGACCACAUACAUUAACGGCUCAUUAUAACAAUCAGCCGGUACCGGGAACUCCUUUCAUAUGUAAAGCAUAUGACAGUAAACUAGUAAGUGUGAGUGGGGGAUCAUUGGCUCAAGUUGGAGUACCCGUUCAGCUUGCAGUGGACGCAGCACAAGCAGGAGAAGGAAACCUUGAAAUCACAGUAGCAGCAAGAGGACUAAAUAUUCCUACUCAAGUGCACCCACAGGGCAAUGCAAGGUUCACAGUAUCAUUUACACCAACAGAAGCCUGUGAACAUGUUGUCAAUGUAUCAUUUAACAAAAUGAGAGUGCCAGGCUGUCCACUAGUCAUAGAUGUAUCGGAGGGAGGUGUGAGUGGAGCAAGAGUGACCCUGCCUGGCCCUGUGCCACUGCACCAACCAACUUUCCUCACACUACAUCACUCAACUGCUACUCUGGAACAAAUUGAAGUUAAUGUUGAGGGUCCGAACGGCGCGUCAGUGCCGGCCGCGGUGUCGGCGGCGGGCGCGGGCACGUUCCGCGCGGAGUUCGUGCCGCGAGCGGUGGGGGAGCACCGCUUGAAUGUGCUGGUCGACUCGCAGCCCAUACCCGCUAGCCCGUUUCAUUUGAAGGUAGGAUUGCUUUUUAUCAAUUUUGCGGACAUCUUGUAUGGCAACGAUGUACCAAUAAGUAACUAUACUUUAUUUUCAGUGGAAACAAUGGCCGCCGGGCCGGGCAACCUAGAAGUAACUGUGAACGGUGGACGCGUGCCCACCGCGGCGGCGGCGCAGGGCGCGCACACGUACGCGAUCAGCUUCACGCCGCGGGACCCGCGCCCGCAUACUGUGGAGCUGAGGUUCAAUGGGGAUCACGUGCCUGGGAGUCCGUUUGUCUGUCACGUGUCAGCGCCGGCUCGUGUAAUCGGUGCGGGUUCGGGAGAGUCUCCAGAUAAGGUGUCAGUGGGUGACGCGUACACCUUCAGUGUGGACUCUCCGACUUCACCUCACGUUGAAGUACUAGGUCCUGCUAGAAGACCAGUACCAGUUCAGGUGUCCGCAGAUGAAACAGUGGGCGAAAACGAAGCAAGCAAACGGUAUACAAUAUCGUUCAUUCCAGUUGACGUAGGAGAUCAUAGUAUAGAGGUUCGCGCAGGAGCCAUGGGAGGUCACGUUGAAGGCAGCCCAUUCUUGGUGAAAGCAUACAGCGCAGCCCGAGUAUCUGUUACUGAUAUAUCACCUGGUGUAGUCGGUCGACCUGUUUCCUUCACUAUAAACGCUUCUCAUGCUGGAGCUGGAAAUCUGGAAAUCAUUGUUGCCGUAAAUGGUAGAAAUGUUCCCAACUAUGUUCAGAGUGAAGGGAAUGCUCGAUUCAAAGUUAACUUCAAACCAACGGAAGCGGCUCCUCACACUCUGUCAGUUCGCUUCAAUGGACACGCAGUUCCCGGUUCACCGUUCACUUGCAUGGUGUCUGCUCCGGCGGCUGCUCCUGAUGCUCGAGCUACUGGACCAGGAUUAUCUUCGGCAGCUAGAGGAGAAUCUGCAGAAAUAAACCUCACUGGAUUCCAUACAUGCGAACCAACAAUAUCCGUCACCGGGCCGGGGGGUACCAGCGUGCGUACCAACACCCGCCCGCUAGGCGAGGGCCGGUACACCUGCACGUACACGCCCGAAGCGGUGGGGCGGCACAGCGUGCACGUGCAGUGCGCGGGCCGCCACGUGCCCGGCUCGCCGUUCGUAUGCAACGUGUACGAUGUGAGAUGCGUGCGCGUCACUGGCCUGGGCGCUGGCGAAUUAGAGGGCACGCUCGAGGGGCUAAACUUAGAUGAGAGCGCAGACGAAGAACGAGGAGUGGAAGUGGGGAAGCCGGUCACAUUCAGUGUUGAUGCGGCAGGAGCUGGUGAAGGAACACUUGAAUUAGUCGUUUCUACACCGUCUACCACUGUUAAAGCUGAGGUUGUAGCAGUGGCACGUGGUUUAUAUGACGUCACAUUUAUACCCGUCUCGCGAGAGGCGCAUCGCGUUUCAGUCACGUUCAACGAACAGCCCGUGCCUGGGAGCCCGUUCGUGUGUAGAGUUAACGAACCUCAUACUUAUGUGCAAAUAGGCACUACAGCAACAAUCGAAAUUGACGAGAACCUAUCAGACGUGGAAGUGUUGUCACCAACCGGUACCAGAGUAUCAGAUGCUAACUUGGAAGAUGUGGGUCUAUUAUCCUUCCCAGUGUCGAGAGUGGGGAGAUACGUGGUGCGGAGCGCUAGAGGACCCGUGGCUGAGGUGGAGGCUCUCGAUCCCGCCGCUGUUAAAGUACUAUCAAUUGGCGAAGCGGUGGCACAUAGACCUGCCAUAAUCACAGUGAGCACGAGUGCCGCCGGCGGCGGUCGUCUCUCCGUGCGGGUGUCGAGCGGCGGGCGCACUGUGCCGCACUCGGUGCGGCGGCGCGGCGGUUCUCGUACCGACCUGGUGUGGCACCCGGCUCGCGCUGCCCCGCACCGCAUCGCCUUGCUGUGGAGCGGCACACCAGUGGCCAGGGAGCCACUGGUUGUUGAUGUGCUGCCGGCGCAUCAUGGACAAGAGGUAUCGGCGUCAGGCCUGGGCCUGUACCAAGCGCAGGUGAGCCGCGUGUCGUCGUUCAGCAUCGACACGCUGGGUCGGGCGGCGCGCGAGUUCGACGUCGUGGUAUCGGGGCCGGGGGCGCGCGCGCUGCCGGUGCGCUGCUACCAGACCAAGUCGGGCCUGUUGCAAGCCGAGUUCACCAUCACUGAUGUCGGACAGAGUACCAUUGAGGUACUCCAUCUUUCCAAGGCAAUAACUGGCAGCCCGUACACUUGUGAGUCAUUCGAUCCGAACAAAGUAAUACUCUCUGGUCUACCAACUGGAAACCUCAUCGCUCACACACCUAUCAACUUUACCGUGGACACAAAAGAUGCCGGCGUGGGCGAAUUAGACGUACUCUGUGAAGCGAUGGGCGAGCGGCGCGUACGCCUGCCCGUCGACAUUCGUGAGGACGGACACUUGUACAAAGUGCGCUUGCGACCCACUAUGCCCGCACAUUACCGAAUUUACGUCACAUAUGGAGGUGCCACGAUUCCGGGUAGUCCGAUAUCUCUGGGCGUGCUGAGCGCGCGCGCGAGCAUCGCGGCGCGCUGCGCGGGCACGGGGCUCGCGCACGCGCACGUCGGCAAGGAGGCCGCUUUCACUAUACACUGCGUGGAUAAUGCACCGCCCUCUGUGCAGGUGGAAAGAUUGAACGAUGGUAAAGAAGAAGAUUCCGAUACUGGUUUGCUCGAAUGUCGAGUAGUAGCGGGUGCCCCAAAGGAGUGGUUGUGUGCCUACAUACCGUUAGUAGUGGGGCAAUAUGAAGUGAGGAUAUUUGUGCCGUCUGGACCUUUGCCUGGAAGCCCAUUUUCAGUUAAAGUAAUUGACACAUCAGCCAUAGUAGCGGUGGGUGGGUGGGGCACGGACAAUUCGGGAAGAGUGCGGGCGCCUUCAAAACUCGUUCUGGAUACCAGUAAUGCGGGACCCGGGACCUUGGAAUGUUUGCUCGCUGGAAGGCACCAACGUGUAGAAACGGUAUCAGGACGAGCGGUAGUAACGCUAGCGGCGCCAGAGGGCGUGAGCGGCGAACAGGAAUUGGAGCUUACAUACAACGGGGCCCUCGUCGCCGGGGCUCCGCGCCGGGCCCUCGUGGCCUCUGGCAAUACCGCAGAUCGCGUGACAUUAGCUGGAAGGGGGCUGGCACAUGCCGCACCACACACACCAGCUGUUUUUACUGUUGAUGGUAGCGCAGCAGGUCCGGGUGCUCCAGAAGCAUCGCUAUCAUCACCAGACGGUGAAACAAUACCAGUGGCCCUCUCGGCCGCUGGUCCUGGACUAUGGCGGGCCACUUACACCCCUCGGCGGGCGGGAGACCAUCACCUGCGGGUUCUGUGGGCCGGACGACUCGUUAAGGGUUGUCCGCUCACAGUGAAAGUGAGCGCGGGCUCCGAGAGCGGGGACGCGUCCAAAGUGGUGUGCUCCGGCGCGGGGCUCGCGGGCGGCGUCGUGGGCCGGGACAUACGCUCCUGGAUAGACACGCGCCGCGCCGGUCCCGGGGAACUCACCGCGCAUUGCACCGGCCCUAAUAAGGUGGCGUACUGUGAACUGUACGAGCACGGCGACGGCACGUUCACGCUGAACGUGAAACCAGCUGAGGCGGGCCGGCACGUGCUCAGCGUGCAGUUUGCGGGCGAGCACGUGCCCGGCUCGCCCUUCGUGCUUAAAGUGGCCGGUGCACCGGAUCCCUCUAAGGUUCGCGUGUACGGGCCGGGUAUAGAGGCGGGCGUUCUAGCGACAUUCCAAUCGCGGUUCGUAUGCGACACCCGUGGAGCCGGAGCUGGCCAGCUAACCGUACGAGUGAGGGGACCGAAGGGUGCCUUCCGGGUGGAAAUGCAGCGGGAGAGCCAGAAGGACAGGACCAUUUUGUGCAAGUUCUCGCCAACCGAGCCAGGAGAUUACCGCGUAGAAGUGCGAUGGGCCGGCCGCCAUGUUCCCGGCUCGCCUUUCCCUGUUAUGAUAUUUGACACACAGGAAGAACUCAGACGUUAUUUACAAGCCACUGCUGCUUAAAUCGUUUAUAAUUUAAAUAUAAUAAACGCUUUGUAUUUAAUAAUUCCCUAAUUUCGAAUUUUCAAAGACAUGAACAAAUUGAACUUGAGUUAUUUUAACGCUACAUUUGCCAAGUUUUGAAAUUGUAUUAUAUCGACACUCCACUUUAUAUUUGUAACUAAUGAUGUAAUGAUGAUUAAUAUAGAAAUAAGAAGAUCAUAGAAUUAAUUCUGAAAAUCGAAUAUAUAAUAUUGGAUAUUUUACAAUCAAAUACAGUGUUUAUCAAAAAUGUUAUAAAUUUUAUUAGAGAAUUUGAUUUGUUUGUCGAAAUUAACUUAGUCAUUGCAUGAAACAGCCAGUAUGCCAUAUUUUUAUGUUCUUAUUAAAUAAAGCACUGAAUGAAUAAAACCUUUAUUCAAAACCGCCAUUACAUUCCAAGUAGUAUUAAUAAUAUAUAAUAUAGCUUAUGAAUUCUGAGUGUAUCCGUCCACGGUAACAGAGAUGAUGUUGUUAGGAUAAAUUUUAUAUAAUAUGAGCUUACUUCGAAAAGUACAUUAAAAGUAGAAGGCAUAAUAAAUUUUUUUACUUGUUAAUAUUUAUUAAUACAGAAUAUAGGUUUAACUUCAUAACUAACUUCUGUAAUUGUUUUAUUGUUAUUGUUACCUGCUUGUUGAGCUAUAAGGAGUGGACUGCUGUUAUCAAAUAAUUUAAACCAUCGAAUCUCAAGUAUGUCCGAGCUUUAUAUCUUUGUAAGUAUGUAAUUUUUUUUCAGCGGUUACUAAUUGUUAAUAAAUUGAAAAUUUAUUA